AUGCCUGAAGAAAACGUGCCCGCCGCCGUCCCUGAGAAGGCUGAGGCGCCGGCUUCGACGCCAGACACGCCACUGGGCAAAUUCACGGCGCGUCUUGCCGACAUCAUCAAGCAGUCGGGCCACGGCGAGAUGUGGGGUGUCGAGCUGUCGAGCGAUGCCAGCCAUGCCCCAACCCAGGUCGUUCUCCAGAAGUUCCUGCGCGCCAACAAUGGCGACCUGGCCGGUGCCGAGAAGCAACUUGCUGCUGCGCUGGCCUGGCGACGUGAGUGGCAGCCAACGAAGCUCGUCAGCCAGGCCUUCAACAAGGACAAGUUCAGCAGUCUCGGUUUCGUGACGAACCACAAGGACGAUGCCGGCAACAACACCGUCAUCACCUGGAACAUUUACGGCGCUGUCAAGGACAACAAGGCUACCUUUGGCGACGUUUCUGAGUUCAUCAAGUGGCGUACUGCUCUCAUGGAGCUGGGCGUGCAGCAACUUCAUCUCAACGACAUCAAGGAGCCUCUCCCAGAAGACGGCACCGACAAGCAUCAGAUGCUGCAGGUGCACGACUACCGGUCAGUCAGCUUUUUCCGCAUGGAUCCGGCUGUCAAGGCCGCAAGCAAGGAGACCAUCUCCGUCUUCUCAACGGCCUACCCAGAGCUGCUCGCGCACAAGUACUUUGUCAAUGUCCCUGCCAUUAUGGGCUGGAUGUUUGGCGCCAUGAAGCUCUUCCUUGCGCCGGCUACUUUGAAGAAAUUCCACCCCAUGGCAUCCGGCGCCUCGCUGGCCACCGAGCUCAAGAGCAUCGCCUCUUCCUUGCCUCAGGAAUAUGGAGGCAGCGGC